CGUGGCAGCAUCCACUCACUCUUUUACUACUGCCUGCGAUGUGACUCCACGCCGCUCGCUCGCUGGAAUAUCACCCUGCGUGACAAGUGACGGAUUUUAAGCACACGCCACGCCGUCCGGUUUUCCAAAUUCAAGGGGACACCGCGGCUAAUGCCUUUAACCAUGACUGUGGGAUUAAUAACGGUUUUGUGUGCUGUAACGGCCGUUUUCGCGAUGGAAGAAACAUUAAUGGACACCCGGACCGCCACAGCAGAGCUCGGGUGGACGGCAUACCCUUCAUCAGGGUGGGAAGAAGUAAGCGGCUAUGACGAGAACCUCAACACCAUCCGAACAUACCAGGUGUGCAACGUCUUUGAGUCCAACCAGAACAAUUGGCUGCUCACCACCUUCAUUGCACGACGUGGUGCUCAGCGCAUCUAUGUGGAGAUGCGUUUCACUGUCCGAGACUGCAGCAGCAUCCCACGAGUGCCUGGAUCCUGUAAGGAGACCUUUAACCUGUACUACUAUGAGACAGACUCUGUCAUCGCCACCAAAGGUACGGCGUUCUGGAUGGAGGCUCCAUAUCUAAAGGUGGACACCAUUGCGGCAGAUGAGAGCUUCUCGCAGGUGGAUUUUGGUGGUAGAUUGAUGAAGGUGAACACGGAGGUGCGAAGUUUCGGUCCGUUGUCGAAAAACGGCUUUUAUCUGGCAUUUCAGGACUAUGGUGCGUGCAUGUCCCUGCUGUCUGUCCGUGUGUUUUAUAAGAAAUGCCCUAGUGUCGUGCAGAACUUUGCGAUCUUUCCAGAGACCAUGACUGGGGCAGAGAGCACCUCGCUGGUGAUCGCUCGCGGGAUGUGCAUCCCGAAUUCUGAAGAAGUGGACGUACCAAUUAAGUUGUACUGUAAUGGCGAUGGGGACUGGAUGGUUCCAAUUGGGAGCUGUACCUGCAAGGCAGGAUUCGAGCCAGAUAACGGGAACGUCUGUCGAGCUUGUCCUCCAGGAACGUUCAAGUCCAGUCAAGGGACGGGUUUGUGUCUUCAGUGUCCACCCAACAGCAGGUCCACAUCUGAAGCGGCCACUAUCUGCGUCUGCAGGAACGGCUACUACAGAGCAGACGGAGAGCAGCCAGACAUGCCCUGCACCAGUGUUCCUUCUGGACCAAGAAACGUCAUCUCCAUUGUGAACGAGACCUCUGUGACUCUAGAGUGGCACUCUCCGCGUGAGACAGGCGGCCGUGAUGAUAUCGUGUAUAAUAUUAUUUGUAAGAAAUGCCAGGCGGACCGUCGUUCCUGCUCUCAUUGCGAUGAUAAUGUGGAGUUUCAGCCCCGGCAGCUGGGACUGACCGAAUCCAGAGUCUUCAUCAGUAACCUGCUGGCACACACUCUCUACACCUUUGAGAUCCAGGCGGUCAACGGCGUCACCAACAAGAGCCCGUAUCCUGCCCAGCACGUCUCCAUAGACAUCACAACCAACCAGGCUGCUCCGUCUAUUGUUCCCAUAAUGCAUCAGGUCAGUUCGACGUUGAAAAGCAUCACGUUGUCAUGGCCACAGCCUGAGCAGCCCAAUGGAAUUAUUCUUGAUUAUGAGCUGCGCUACUAUGAAAAGGAGCUGUCUGAGGUGAACUCCACGCAGGUGAGGAGUCAGACGAACACGGCUCUUGUGGAUGGAUUACGGCCGGGCACCAUGUACGUGAUGCAGGUUCGCGCCAGGACGGUUGCUGGUUUCGGCAAAUACAGCAGCAAAAUGUGCUUCCAAACCCUCACAGAUGACGACUUUAAAUCAGAGCUGAGGGAGCAGUUGCCACUGAUUGCGGGCUCAGCCGCGGCUGGAGUGGUCUUCAUUGUGUCUCUGGUGGCAAUAUCUAUAGUCUGUAGCAGGAAACGGACUUACAAUAAGGAGGCCGUGUACAGUGACAAACUCCAGCACUACAGCACCGGAAGAGAACUCACUUUGAGGCCAGAUCUGUCCAACUGCCACACACCCAUGGGCUGCCCGACCAUGCCAGGCUCUCCGGGGAUGAAGAUCUACAUUGACCCGUUCACCUAUGAAGAUCCUAAUGAAGCUGUCAGAGAAUUCGCCAAGGAAAUAGAUGUCUCCACUGUCAAGAUUGAAGAAGUUAUCGGGGCAGGUGAGUUUGGCGAGGUGUAUAAAGGUCGACUGAAACUGCCUGGAAAACGAGAGAUCUACGUUGCCAUCAAAACACUGAAAGCAGGCUAUUCUGAGAAGCAGAGACGUGAUUUUCUGUCCGAGGCAUCAAUCAUGGGGCAGUUUGACCACCCCAACAUCAUCCGCCUGGAGGGUGUGGUCACCAAGAGCCGACCGGUCAUGAUCGUCACAGAGUUCAUGGAGAACGGGGCGCUCGACUCCUUCCUUAGGCAAAAUGAUGGGCAGUUCACAGGGAUCCAGUUGGUGGGGAUGCUGAGGGGAAUCGCUGCUGGCAUGAAGUACCUGUCCGAGAUGAAUUACGUCCACCGAGACCUGGCCGCCCGCAACAUCCUGGUCAACAGCAACCUUGUGUGCAAGGUGUCGGACUUCGGCCUGUCCCGUUAUCUGCAGGAAGACACCUCUGACCCCACCUACACCAGCUCACUGGGUGGAAAGAUCCCUGUGAGAUGGACCUCGCCAGAAGCCAUCGCGUACAGGAAGUUCACUUCUGCUAGUGACGUCUGGAGUUAUGGUAUCGUCAUGUGGGAGGUGAUGUCUUUUGGCGAGAGGCCCUACUGGGACAUGAGCAACCAAGAUGUGAUCAAUGCUAUAGAGCAGGAUUACAGGCUGCCGCCCCCCAUGGACUGUCCCACUGCUCUCCACCAACUGAUGCUCGACUGCUGGCAGAAAGAUCGGAACGCUCGGCCACGCUUCACGGAUAUCGUCAAUACGCUCGACAAACUCAUCCGCAACCCUACCAGCCUCAAAGCAGUCGCCAGUAUACCCACUAUUCCAUCCCAGCCAUUGUUGGACAGGUCUAUCCCAGACUUCACCACCUUUAGUUCUGUAGAAGACUGGCUGGCCGCCAUCAAGAUGUCUCAGUACAGAGACAACUUCCUCAACUCUGGCUUCACAUCCCUACAGCUGGUCACCCAGAUGACUUCAGAGGACUUGUUGAGGAUAGGUGUGACUCUAGCCGGCCAUCAGAAGAAAAUCCUCAACAGCAUUCAGUCCAUGCACCUGCAGAUGUCCCAGUGCCAGACUGGCACAACGCUGGCAUGACUACAGGGGGCGCCGGACGACGGGCCGGGCAGCUUGCGGAAGAAUUACCAGCGGGUGAGCCCAAUCCCAUCGGAGCGCGCCAGAAUAGAGACUAUCAUCCUUAUCUGAGAACGUGUUUCAGGAGAAAAACCGUUAUCCCAUAUCCAACAGACCAGAUUGAAACAGAACCACCAGGACUUGUUAACCCAUCGGCCGUUUGCCUCUUCAAUCUACAUUUACAAAGAAAACCAAAGAAGUGGACUCUUUUUGUCCUCUUCUCAUCAUUAAUUACCUUCACAAUGCUUAUCCAGAAAUCACAGUGACUGCUCAGAUUCUGAGACGUCUUGCGUCGGUUUCUACAAGGUUCUUUCGUUCUUAAUUUUUUCAUUUUUUUUCCCCCACUAUAAACCUUCUAUCGUCACUGCUUCCCACUUACACUACCUGUCGAUCUCGGUAUGGCUGACGUUGCCAAAGGACAUCCUGUAUGCCUGCGUCCCAUCCCUAGGCCAUACGAGCGUAAAUGAUGUAUAUCUUUAAAUAAAUAUGAGUUUAUCUUCAGAGUAAACCUUCAUAUUGAAGGUGAAGUGUAACGGACCUGUAUGUAAAUACCCUCUUCUUCCGCUUGCAUUUUUGGCAAUGUUGCGCAUUGGACAAGAACCGCCGAUUCUGCAGGACACAAACUCACCUACGUCAGCGCGACGCCACGAGAACAAUCUGGGAUGGACUCUGACUCAGUCGUUGUUGUGUAAAUAUCAGUUAGUUGUGUAUAAACUAGCGUUAAAAAGAUAUACUUUAGGUGAAAAAAGCUACGCAUUCAGGCCACUAAACAGUGUUUAUUGUAGGUGUUUCCAUGCUGAUGAGCACUUACAUGUACAGCUUUUCUUUCUUCCACCUCUUCUUCUUCUACUUCUUCUAGUCGUUCUUGUUAGUUUCGUGUCAGAGUGUUUGAAUGCGUCGACUAGCGUUGGGAAGGUGUGUCGUCACCACCUAAACUAGCUAAUACACUUAAAUGUAGUUCCACUGUUAAUAAGCUGUACUAAUGUUGGUCUUACAGGGUCUUUAAAACCGCUAAUCUGUUUCCAAGCACGUGUUUACAUGAUAAGCCAACUGAAAGGUUGCAGGUAGGAAACGAAGAGACUUUGUGAAACCGCUGCCCUUCACCACUUUUAUCAGGCCGAGUCACUCUCUCGGCUCCAGAUGCUUCUCGAUGACAUUGCUAAAUGUGGUACAUGUUCUUUCGUGUCAUCAGCUCUCCAUUUAUUUCUAUGUGUGUCUGGAUUGAACAUCUGUGUGACCCCUUAUGAACAGAUGCCUAACGCCACCCCAUUGAGCACAUUCUACUUAAGCAGUCAGUUAAGCACUGUGUAACGCACAAACACACACACACACACACACACAUGGUCUGUUGAUGGCUUUGGGCUGUUCCUUUUUGGUUGCCAUGGAGAAAUAGCAUUAGCUGAAUAAUAAUAAUAAUAAUAAUAAAUUAUUAUUAUCAUUAAAGGUAACACUAUACAAUAAGAUCCAGUUUAUCAAUAUUAUAUUAAUGUGUUAUAUAUGUAUGACCUAUCAUUUAACCAUACUUUUUAAAACAUUUAUUAAUCUUGAUUAAUGUUAAUUUCUCAGCCUACUAAAACAUUCUGGUUGUAUGAAUGAAUAUGAACAUUGAAUAAACAUGAAUUAAAAGUGAACCAUAGUGUAUUUAUUAAAUUAACCUAGAUUAGUAGAUGCGGUAAAAAAAAAAGAAAAAGAAAAAAAAGCUCAUUGUUCAUAUGCAUGAACUUGUUAAUAGUUCACUUUAUUUAGUGUUACAAAUUACAUUAUCAUUUUAUUGUAUUAAUAUAGUACCAUUCAUAACUAAUAUGUAGCUUUAAAUAAGAAAAUAC